UACCUAAACCCAAAAUUUAGAUUUUAGAAUAAAUUAGGUUUAUCUUAGGAUUAAAAAUGCAGUUGAUGAAUAAAUACUGUUAAACUAAUUUGUCGACUGUACAUGAAACUUAUGCCAUAUUGAUUUAGAAAAUACAUGAAAAUGUUUACUCAGGUUAUGUUAAUUGUUUCAGCUGUAAAAAUGUUUUUUAUUCCACUAUACCGUUCAACUGAUUUUGAAGUUCAUAGAAAUUGGUUGGCUGUUACACACAGUCUUUCUAUGGAUCGGUGGUAUUUUGAUGAAACCUCUGAAUGGACUCUUGAUUAUCCUCCUUUCUUCGCAUGGUUGGAAUAUGCCUUGUCUCAUGUGGCAAAAUUUUUUGACCCUGGCAUGCUUGAGCUCGAAAAUUUAAACUAUGGCAGUCAAAUGACAGUGCUAUUUCAAAGAUUGUCUGUUAUUUUUUUGGACUUUCUGUUCAUUGUAAGUGCUAGGAGGGUCUCCAAUCUUGUAAGUAGAGGAAAAUUAUUGGCAUUUUUAUUGCUGAUGUCAAACCCAGGGCUACUGAUGAUAGAUCAUAUUCAUUUCCAAUACAAUGGUUUUCUCUUUGGGUUUUUACUGUAUUCAAUAGAAAGUAUGAUCAGUGGUAGUCACAUUUCAGCUGCCAUAUGGUUUGCAGUUCUGUUGAACUUUAAACAUAUAUUUUUAUAUGUUGCCCCAGCGUAUGCUGUAUAUUUAUUGAGGGCAUACUGUUUCACAGUCUCAUCUAAUGAUGGUACGCAUACCGCUUGGUAUUCAUUCUCUAUAUCAAAUCUGUUUAAACUCGGUUUUGCUGUGAUUUCAAUAUUCUGCUUAUCAUUUGGUCCAUUUAUUGAUCAGUUACCACAGGUAUUUUCAAGACUGUUUCCAUUCAAGAGGGGAUUGUGUCAUGCAUAUUGGGCUCCUAAUUUUUGGGCUGUGUAUAAUUUUGCAGAUAAAGUGUUGCAAUAUGUGUGUAAGCGAUUGGAUAUAAAUGUCGCUAGCGGCACUGCUGCUAUGACUGGAGGACUCGUGCAAGAGUUUGAUCAUGCCGUUCUACCCACAAUAACACCGGGAGUGACGUUCGUACUUACAGCAUUGUCAAUGAUCCCCGCUCUAGUCAAACUGUGGCAUUUGGGUGCGGACAGAAGAUAUAGGUGUAUCAAUUUUAUAAGGUGUUUAGUGUUAUGCGCCACAUGCUCAUUUGUGUUUGGGUGGCAUGUCCAUGAGAAGGCGAUAUUGCUGAUUAUAAUACCUCUUAGCUUCCUAUCGGUGCUCGGUGAAGACGACGGUAAAUCAUUUUUAGUACUCUCCACUGUCGGGCAUUACUCCCUCUUCCCGCUGCUCUUUCAUAGGAAUUUACUGCCUAUUAAAGUACUUAUCUUCUUAACACACGUAGCGAUAGCUUACGGUAACAUUCCCCAGUUGUACGAAACACAUUACAAAGCUAAGUACGGUAAGAAACGUCAGUUCCUGUCCCUACCCAUGCUCGGUAGAAUAGAGUCGCUAUACCUUUACGGACUGAUGGUGGUAUUCCUCUAUGAUAAUGUGCUUCACGCGGCCUGGGGCCUGGAUAAGACCCUGCCGUUCCUACCUCUAAUGCUCACCUCGGUCUACUGUUCUAUAGGCGUUUUAUACUUUUGGUUAACUUACUACUACUAUUUUCUUACUUUUAACCUGAGCAAAGUUCCUAUAUUCACACCAUCGACGUCGAUAUACGAGAAGAAAGAGAAAUAAACAGCGAAAA